CUGCAGCCAUGAGUAUGCUCAGGCUUCAGAAGAGGCUUGCCUCCAGUGUCCUCCGCUGUGGCAAGAAGGUCUGGUUGGACCCCAAUGAGACCAAUGAAAUUGCCAAUGCCAACUCCCGUCAGCAAAUCCGGAAACUGAUCAAAGAUGGCCUGAUCAUUCGCAAGCCUAUGACCGUCCAUUCUCGGGCUAGAUGCCGGAAAAAUACCUUAGCCCGCCGCAAGGGCAGGCAUAUGGGCAUAGGUAAGCGAAAGGGUACUGCCAAUGCUCGAAUGCCCGAGAAGGUGACCUGGAUGAGGAGGAUGAGAAUUCUGCGCCGGCUGCUCAGGAGAUACCGUGAAUCUAAGAAGAUUGACCGCCACAUGUAUCACAGCCUGUACCCGAAGGUGAAGGGGAAUGUGUUCAAGAACAAGCGGAUUCUCAUGGAACACAUCCACAAGCUAAAGGCAGACAAGGCCCGCAAGAAGCUUCUGGCUGACCAGGCUGAGGCCCGCAGGUCUAAGACCAAGGAAGCACGCAAGCGCCGUGAGGAGCUCCAAGCCAAGAAAGAAGAGAUCAUCAAGACUCUGUCCGAGGAGGAAACCAAGAAAUAAAGCUGCUCCCCAUCU